AUGUGUCACGGAAACAAAAAUGGGGAGAACGAAAUCUCCUCCAAAAAUAAAAGAGUUCAUUCCAUGAUGCGGUCCAUCGACAUGGCGCUGUUCGGUUUGGUUUGGUUGUUGCGAGUUCGCUCGGAAAUGAAUCGCUGCUCAAAGUGUCAGAGUAGACAGCAUACGGUACAUGCGCCGAUAGUUACCGCGGAAGUCCAGGCGACGCCGUCUACGUCCACUUUUUAUUUGGACCCUCUUCCACCAGUCCAGGCUUCCGGCUCUCGAAGUCCGGGACACAGUUCCGGACCCACCACGUACUGCGAGGUGCAUGGGUACAAUCCCAGGAAAGAAGGUAAUAUUUCAUCCGCUCCAGCCGAAGUUCUACGCAAGCACCGCUUUUGCCAAGACAAUAGUGGUCGGUUCGUAAGUUAG